AAUGCAUUAAACAGAAACAAGCACAUUAACAAGUCGAUUGUCCCAAGUGUAUAUUGUUGUUUAAAUUAAAUAAAAUUGUAUAUUAUUUAUGAACCUGGCACAAUGCCUUAAAGGUUGAUAGAGUCACAUGUGCAACAAACUGAAUGAUAAUACGUUUAUUAAUGAUAAGAUAAAUUAAAGAGCAUUUACGGGUCAAGUUGAAUUUUGGAUACUUCAUUUAGAAGUGAUUUAUCACGACAACAAUACCAAAGUUAAAAGUUGUGCUUGAAAUUAAACAACAUGAAUAAACUUAAAACAAAUGGUCUAUCAGAAACGAAAACAGAAUCAAACGCAUUAGCAAUUGCGCAAGAGAUUGCUUUGGCAUUAUGUUUGAUUUUAGCCUUUUUCGUAAAAUUACUGUACUAUAUUGGAGACUCCAUAUACAAUACUUUUAAUAAACCUCUUCCAAAAUCUGUCAAAGGAGAAAUCGUUUUAAUAACUGGCACUGGCCAUGGUAUUGGAAAAGAACUUGCCCUUUUGUAUGCAUCAGAGGGUGCAACAGUGGUUGGUUGGGACAUAAAUGAAGAAAAUAAUAAAAAGACAAUGGAAGAAAUAGCCAAUAAAAAUUAUCCUAAGGCUUAUUCAUAUGUGUGCGACAUCUCUAAUAGAGAGAACGUACUUCAAGUAGCUGAAAAAGUUCGUAGAGACGUUGGAGACGUUACAAUUUUAAUCAACAAUGCUGGUAUAAUGCCAACUCACCCCCUACUAGAACAUACACAUAAAGAAAUUGAAAAAAUAAUGAACAUCAACGUGAUGGCUCAUUUCUGGACGAUUGAAGCUUUUUUGCCAGCUAUGAAGAAGAACAACAACGGACACAUUGUUGCUUUAUCUUCAAUGGCCGGCCAGUUAGGUCUGGUCAAUCUUGUGCCAUACUGUGCAUCCAAAUUCGCAGUUAGAGGUAUGAUGGAGGCCCUCCAUGAGGAGUUGAGAAGACACCCCAAAAAUAAUAUUCAUUUAACUUCCAUCUAUCCAUUCAUGGUGGACACUGGCUUGUGCAAAAACCCCGUUAUUAAAUUUCCUAAUUUAAUGCCCCUGCAGAAACCUAGAGAAGUUGCCGAAGUUAUCAUGCACUGCCAAAGAAAUAACAUUUUGGAACGAUCAAUUCCUGGAUACAUGCGUGGUUUCGUUAACGUGCCAAGGUGGUUUAUGCCAUUUAAAGCUGCCCUUGACUUGAAAGACAGCUUCGAAGCUUUUGUGGACACAGAUAAAUAACUUUCAUAACGGUGUAUACCAUAAGUUUUUAUUUUUCUACUUGUUAUUGCUUUACAUGUCAUGUACAUGUAUCCAUAAGAAAAAACAAUGAGCCAUUGCACAA